AUGAUCCCCGCUUUAAAUGUUGCCAUUGGUUUGAUCAGACGUGCUUACUGCGUCCGAAGCCAGACAGCCCAGUCCUUCUGCUCGGUGACCAGGACCGCCUCUCUCUUUCGCGGUCUGGCCGCCUUAGGCGGCAACCCUGCGACUCCUGGUUAUGAACUUUCCCAAUCAAACGCCUCAAUUUAUCAAAAAAAAGUGGAAGAAAGUGCGGAGUCGCAGGUAGAAAGGCGAUUGAUUGACGGAGAAAAGGGAUCACAGAUAGAAGAAGGUUUGGGCAGGACGGCGGUUGGCGAGACCCCUCUGCCGUUGAUUUUUGAUAGGCGUAUAACCGGACAAUGA